GCAAAGCUUACACGGUAUACAAACCGCGACUGCAGCAAGACGGGAGCCCCAUCUGUCAAGUACUGUCGACGAUAUGCACGACGCAGAAACUUGAACUGGACUGUCUUCGGAGUUUCUAGAUUCGUUCAGGGGCCUGCAGUUCUUUAUUCCUACAGGUUCAGACUGCAUUCUUUGUACCAUUCCUUCAUUCGAUACGGACCCGACCCUGACUGCGGUUGGGCGUUCACGACCUGUGGGUUGCCGCCUGCCGACAACUUCUCGUUUACCAGCAUUUUAAAACCGUUCGAAAUCAUCCAGACCCAACGUUACACAGUCAUUAUUGUGAGGCGUUCCUUCGUUCCUGCGGUCCUCCAUAAGCGAAACGCCCUCGAACCUCUCCAUCAGAUCGAAAGGCAUGCUGGUCGUCCUUCGGUAAUCCUAAUACAAAAUCCUACCAUGCGUUGGCCAUCAUGUCUUUCGCUUUUAUUGUUGGCCAGCCACACCUGUGCCGGUCGCCGCGAUUACGAACGUUAUGACUAUUUUGCUGCCCACCUCGAUCCGACAGCUGUUCCCGAAGAAGUGGCCCAACGGUUGGGAGUGCAGUAUGAAGGACGAGUAGGGGAACUUCCUUUCCACUACACUUUUUCUUGUCCAAAGAACUCGUGCCCAGAUCUCGAGUACUCCAUACAAGAAUUGCAAAGGCGGAGGAAGCGGAGGAAAAAGCGCUCAGUCGACAGCAAUGGCGUCGACAUGCAGGGACAGCUGCCUGUGGAUUUGAGUGGUAUCCUGUGGUCCGAAAAGCAAGAGUUACGGAUGCGCCUUGUCAAGCGAAUCCCACCACCUCCUCCGGUCGCUGUCCGAGCCGGCCCUCAGUCAACGGACGCAAGCGCUGAUAAAGAAAUUGAUCCCCAACAGAAGGAAGCAGUGCAACGCUUAGACUCGAUUGCAGAGGCACUAGAGAUCAAGGAUCCCAUCUUCAAAGAGCAGUGGCAUUUGUUCAAUCCAGUACAGUUAGGCCAUGACCUGAAUGUCACUGGGGUCUGGUUGGAUGGCAUCACAGGCAACGGCAGUAUUUCUGCCGUGAUUGACGACGGCUUGGACAUGGACAGCAACGACCUCAAGGACAACUACUUUGCUGAAGGCUCUUACGAUUUUAAUGAAAAGGUUCCUGAGCCCAGGCCGCGCUUGUUUGACGAUAAACACGGCACACGCUGUGCUGGUGAAAUCGCCGCCGUCAAGAACAAUGUCUGUGGUGUAGGAAUGGCUUACGACAGCAAGGUCGCUGGAAUUCGAAUCUUGUCGAAACCCAUCAGUGACGAGGACGAAGCCACUGCAAUCAAUUACCAGUUUCAACAGAAUCAGAUCUAUUCUUGUUCAUGGGGUCCCCCGGACGAUGGCGCCACCAUGGAAGCCCCAGGCAUUCUCAUACAGCGAGCUAUGGUAAACGGAGUACAAAGCGGGCGCAGUGGUCUAGGGUCUGUGUUCGUCUUUGCUGCUGGAAACGGUGCUGCAAGUGAAGACAACUGCAACUUCGACGGAUACACCAACAGUAUCUACUCCAUUACCGUGGGAGGCAUUGACCGGGAUGGUAAUCAUCCGUAUUAUUCAGAACAUUGCUCUGCGCAGCUUGUUGUGACCUACAGUUCAGGCAACAAUGAUGCUAUCCAUACAACUGAUGUUGGUCCUGACAAGUGCUAUAGUGGCCAUGGUGGCACCUCUGCUGCCGGACCUCUUGUUGUCGGAACUGUCGCCCUGGCACUCAGUGUCAGACCCGAUCUGACAUGGCGUGAUUUACAGUACCUAUGUGUGGACACUGCUGUUCCCAUUCAUGAAGACGAUGGGAGUUGGCAAAACACGACAAUUGGGAAGAAGUUCAGCCACGUCUACGGCUAUGGCAAAGUCGAUGCAUAUCGCUUCGUGGAAGCUGCAAAAUCAUUUCAGUCCGUCAAGCCCCAAGCCUGGUUUCAUUCGCCCUGGAUCAGCGUUCAACAUUCCAUUCCACAGGGUAACCGAGGGCUUGCCGCAAGUUUCCAGGUCACCCAAGAGAUGUUGACAGAGGCGAACUUGGAGAGGCUGGAGCAUGUCACUGUGACAAUGAACGUCGAGCAUACCAGAAGAGGUGAUUUGAGCGCCGAUCUGAUCAGCCCCAAUGGAAUAGUCAGUCAUAUUGCUACCGCUCGUCCUCCGGAUGGCGCUACAACUGGCUACGACGACUGGACCUUUAUGUCGGUUGUUCAUUGGGGCGAAUCUGGCGUUGGCAACUGGACUGUGGUCGUUAAAGACACCAAGGAAAAUGAGUUCAAUGGCACUUUCAUUGACUGGCGGCUCAACCUUUGGGGCGAGUGUAUUGAUCCUCAGACACAAGGCCUCCAUCCACUUCCUGACGAACAUGACGACGACCAUGUCACAGCUACCGCUGUAGUGACCACAACUAGCGUCGACCCAGAAACCCCGCCGACCUCGCUACCGGCAAUACCUACAGAUCACCCCGAACGACCCACAAGGCCAAAACCGGGCGACUCUACAGAUACGACCACGACUGUUCCGGCCAGUGUUCCCACAACCGCCACGACGUCGGUGCCAGCCGCGACGACAACAGCAGCGGCAGAACCAACACACACCUAUGCCGAUAGUUUUCUCCCCUCCUUCUUCCCCACCUUCGGCGUUUCCAAGCGAACCCAGAUAUGGAUAUAUGGCUCGAUCGUGCUGAUCGUUGUCUUCUGCUCCGGAUUGGGGGUUUACUUCCUCAUCCAGCGAAGGAAGAGACUUAGAAACAAUCCGCGUGACACAUACGAGUUUGAAAUGGUAGGCGACGCCGACGAGGACGAACAACAAGGCCUGACUUCCCGCGGUGGCGGCAAGUCGAGAGCUCGACGCGGUGGAGAAUUGUACGAUGCCUUUGCUGGGGAAAGUGAUGAUGAUCUCUACAGCGACGAAGAGACCUAUCAGGACACACCCAGCAAUGACACCAGCAAUGACACGGGGACGGGAUCCAGUGCUGGCAGUUUUGAAGGUCAGGAAAAGUGAGCGAGCUAUAGUAGAAGCAUGAGCGUUGGGCUCUCACAUAGCCCAGUUCGCCUUGAAGGCGCACGCCGUGCACGAAACGGCAAUAAUAAGUACCUAGACGUACACAAUAUCGUGGUGUUUUUGACAGAUCCAACGUCAUCUGCAGUCAGCCGCUUGCUCUGUGCUGUACCGGUACCCGUAUCAUACGCGCACCCUGA